GUAGUAUUUUGUUUUGAAAAAUACACACGAGUGUCCGCCUUACGUUACGUCUUGACAGUAUACGUGCCAUAGACUCCUCUUCCUGCACUGUGUGUCAUUCAAACAUGAUUCCAGGGUCUGUUUACGCCUUAAUAGCGGGCUUUUUGGGGUCCGCUGCCUCGUUGUCUGCCAAGCUGUCCUUCGGCGCAGACUACUUGAGGGACAUGUGCGAGUCGGGACUCAGCGGCUGGACUCGGACACCCGGUGGAACUUCAUCCUGUGACUGGCUCCACAUCCCCCUGAGGCUGCUGUGUGGCGGCCUGCUGCUCACCUGCAACGCCAUCAUGUGGACCUUCUUCUCCAAGGCUCUCCGACACUGCUCCUCCUCGGCCAGGGCCACGGUCACCACCACUGCCUCCAACUUCAUCUGCUCGGCUGUCCUGGGGAGGCUGAUCUUUGGAGAGAGCCACGCAGCCUUGUGGUGGGCGGGAAUCUCUCUAACGCUGUGCGGACUGCUGGUGCUUCACGGAUCCGUGCCGGAAACCCCCCUGGAGGACGAGGGCAAAAAGGAUAAGUGAUGUAGCUCCCUCAAAGAUGUUCCUUCAGGACUUCCGGCACCUCCACUGAGACACAAGGCUGACCAGAUAGCAAGGUGGAACCAAAUCUCCCAGACUCCCCGCUGGUUGUUCUGGAGGGUCCCCAUCAAUGAUAGUAACCCCCCCUGGAUCAUGGUUGCACCACAUCCAAGGACGCUUCUACACUGCAUGCAUGUGCAGCCGUGGCCUCGGUUCACGGUGCCUCACACAGAACAAGACGGUGACUAAAGAAUAAAAACGCGGAUGCGCACAAGGGGGAGGAGCCUGGCUCUGCUUUUUGAAUGUCUAUUGUUACCUGUUAUUACUGUUACUAAUGCAUUAACACAUUCCGCUUUGUAUUCUCUCCCAAUGGCAUCUCCGUUAAUUUGAUCCGGUAUGUUUUUUAUCUUUGUGGGCAAUAAUUCACAGCCAAAGUUACAGAUGUGCUUUGGCACAACUGAUGUGUUUCUGGGGUGUUUGUAUUGCAUUCUAUCUUUUUUCUGAAUAUAAUUCUGAAAGCUUGCCGGGUCUAAACAAAUUGUAGGAGUAGACAUAUUCGUUAAAUUUUUUUGGAGUAAAUGAUGAAAGACAUGGGCGUAGGAUAUUUAAUUCCUGCUUGUAUUCUUUACCUUGUUUGAGCCCAAACUCCUUGGAUGCAUCCACUCACCAAGGCUGGUUCGGAUUCAG